AUGCACCUGUGCUUUCAGAUCGAAGAUGCCUUCGACCUGUCACCCUACACUGAAGGAAUCUUCAACUGUGACAGCACAGGCCCCAUCAACUUGGAUCACAAGGAGACCAUAAUAAGGAGACAGCUCGAUAAAUUAUAUGGGGAGAGAAAGUCACCCCAGGAGUCAUAUGGGGAGAGAAAGUCACCUCAGGAGCCAUAUGAGGAGAGAAAGUCACCCCAGGAGCCAUAUGAGGAGAGAAGGUCACCCCAGGAGUCAUAUGAGGAGAUAAAGUCACCUCAGGAGCCAUAUGAGGAGAGAAAGUCACCCCAGGAGCCAUAUGAGGAGAUAAAAUCACCUCAGGAGCCAUAUGAGGAGAGAAAGUCACCUCAGGAGCCAUAUGAGGAGAUAAAGUCACCUCAGGAGCCAUAUGAGGAGAUAAUGUCACCUCAGGAGCCAUAUGAGGAGAGAAAGUCACCUCAGGAGCCAUAUGAGGAGAGAAAGUCACCUCAGGAGCCAUAUGAGGAGAGAAAGUCACCUCAGGAGCCAUAUGAGGAGAUAAAGUCACCUCAGGAGCCAUAUGAGGAGAGAAAGUCACCUCAGGAGUCAUAUGACACCUAUGGACUCCUCUGGCAAACUGACUACGCUCCCUAUUUCCAUGACAACGGACCGAGCAGCACCAAUGGGAAUAUGGCUCUGUUCAGUAUCUCAGAAGACACAGAAGUCGGAACACAGCUAUAUAUCCUAAACGGUACCGACCCAGAGGGGGAUGCCGUGUGGUUUGGCCUGACCUUUGAGAAGGGCACCAGAGAAUACCUGAGAGUGGACCCUAAGUCAGGAAACAUAACUCUCAUUCAGGAACUAGACAGAGAGAAACAAGGUGAAAUCUUGGCUUCUGUUAGCAUAACAGAUGGUCGGAAUAAGGUUGUCGAGACGAUACGGGUGUUUGUCACCGACGCCAACGAUGAGCAACCAGAGUUCCAGAACCUGCCUUUCACCGUCGACGUCCCCGAGGACACCGCAGCUGGAAGCAGCAUUUACAGAGUACAAGCGGUGGAUAAAGACAUGGGCUCUGGAGGCAGUGUCAACUACUACUUACUGGGCACCACUACUACCAGGUUCACCAUGGACGGCCACAGUGGGGUCCUGCGGAUCAAACCAGGCGAGACACUCGACUACGAGACCACAGCAACACACUUUGUGAUAGUGGUUGCCAAGGAUGGGGGCGGGCAGUACAAAGGGAAGCAUCAGGUGCUGACAUCUACAGCCACCAUAACCAUCAACGUCCUCGACGCCCAAGACACUCCUCCAGCCUUCGUUGGAACUCCUUACUUCGGCUACGUCUACGAGGUCUCACUUCCUGGUUCUGAAAUAUCCACUGUGUUUGCCAAAGAUGGAGAUGAAGGAAACCCUAAUCCUAUUCAUUACUCUAUUACCAAUGGCAGUGAGGGUGUCUUCACCAUCAACAGCACAAGUGGUUGUAUCAGCCUAACAGCUUAUCCAGUCACGCUGAGGAAGGAAUUAUAUGAAAUCCAAGUCAAAGCCACUGAGCUGGGGCCGAGUGAGGAGCUGUUGGACUACUAUACCAUGACUGUGGUGACGGUUCGAGUGGUGGACCUCAACAACCACCCUCCUACCUUCUACGGAGAGAACGGGCCCCAGAGCCAGUUUGAGGUGACCAUGUAUGAGCACCCUCCAGAGGGGGAGAUCCUCAGGGGGCUGAAGAUAACGGUCAACGACUCUGAUCAGGGUGCGAACGCUAAAUUUAAACUGAGGUUGGUGGGGCCUGGUCGUGUACUCAGAGUGGUGCCCCAGACGGUCCUCAAUGAAGCACAGGUCACCGUCAUCGUUGAAGACUCUGCUGGCAUCGAUUACGAAAAAGGCAAAUCCUUAACAUACAAGUUGCUAGCGGUGGAGAUUGACACCCCUGAGAGGUUCAGUGCGACAGCUGAUAUUGUGAUUCAUCUUUUGGACACCAAUGACAACACCCCCAGGUUCACCUCGGAGUAUUACAUCGCACGUAUCCCGGAAAACUCCCCCGGAGGCUCCAACGUAGUGUCUGUCACCGCCAAUGAUCCAGACUCUGGCCUUUGGGGUGAAGUCAAGUACUCCAUCUAUGGAUCCAGAUAUGAUCUGUUUCUCAUCCAUCCGUCUUCAGGCGUCAUAUACACCCAGGCCUGGGCCAUUCUGGAUGCUGAGGUCAAGUCCAAGUACAACUUCUACGUGAAGGCAGAGGACACAGAGGGAAAGUACAGCCUGGCGGAGGUGUUUGUCACUGUCCUGGACAUCAACGACCACGUUCCAGAGUUCGAUGACAGCCUUGUGGAGAUGACCAUGGUCAUUGGUGCACCUGUUAAAGUAAAGGCAAUAGAUGGCGAUGCAGGGUCGCCCAAUAACAUCAUUGAGUAUUCCAUCAUGCAAGCUGAGCCGGACAACAUCUUCGACAUCAACGCAGAGACUGGAGAGAUCAACCUGAAGUCGUACAUCAAGUCCAUGGAGAUCGUGCAGAACAUCACCAAGCAGAAGGACUGCAGGUGGUCUCUGGUGGUCCAAGCCCGGGACCGAGGGUCUCCAUCCUUCAGCACUACCGCCGUGGUCAACAUCGACAUCACUGAGGCGACUCAAGUCAAUGGGCCUAUGGCAGACUUUUUAUUGCAAAGUAGGGACAACCCAAUGAAGGCCCUUGGCAUGGUCGCUGGUGUCAUCAGCAUAUUGGUAGGGAUCACUGUCUUGAUCUCCACGGCUACGUUCUUGCGCAACACCAAGUCCAACAGGAUAAUGCCGGCACGUCGCAUCGUCAUCAGACGGAGACCGCCAAGGGACCGCAAGCCGUGGACUUUUAACGUACCGUUCCGUGGUAGCGGAAAUGACUCGGCAAACAAGUUCGUUGUAGGCGACCAGGAAGCAGGGAGUGUCAACGUAAACCUCAACAACAAAGACGGCUCCCGGUGUUCCAGGUCAAAACCCAAGCCUACGCCCCCUAGAGCUCCCUGCCUGCCCCCUCCAUCAUGCCCUCCUCCGUCCUCCAACCCCAGGCCCAGUGAGAGGCCCCGGCACUGGGCAGCAGUGCCCACCGUCUCUGGGGGCCUGACCUCCACUGGUUCCAGGAGAUCCAGCCAGAGCAGGGAAAUCAACAUCAGCUCUGACACUUCUAGGAUCCCAGUCAGCUCAGCCCUGGUCUCUGAACUCAAAAUGAGACUAGAGCAGAAAAUCAUUGAGAGCAACUCAAGCUAUUAUUAAAUCUGAUUGUUGUAGUGUGUUUUCACUCUAACCAAUCUGUCAGUAAUUGUCUCGACUUCUGAAGGUUACUCAGUCCUAGGAUUGUAAAACUGCAAAUGUAAAGGAAGGUUGAGGACAGCAUGUUCAUUUCCUUUAAAAUGUUAUUGACGACACAAUUUCAAAGCAAGUCCUUUGUCAAAGCAAUGUUGCAACACAUUUUACUGAACCUAUUUAAUCCAACCACUUCUACAUGUGUUCUUAAAGAUGUUAACAUCAAGUUGGAUACUUAGGGCCCUGGUCCAGAAUAGUGCAGUAUUUAGGGAAUAGGGUGCCUCUUGGGAUGCAGCAUUAGAAAUACCUAGACAUGUUUCUGCGCUGCCAUCUUGAAGAUCAUGUAAUGGGAUCCUUGUUAGAUAAAUCUUUUGCAUUGCUGCCAUCCUGAGGGAAACAACAUGUUAACAAGAAUGUCCGAGGGGGAACUACUGAGCCAUGUCUGAGGGAAGGAUUACUGCGCAUUUAUGUGUAUACAGAACUGAACGUGUGUUCCUGACAUUUCCUGAAAAGUUGUAUUUUAUUUGCUUAAGAUCAUGCAAUGUUUUCAUUAAUAGUGCUAUAAUAUAGAAUACGGAUCAAUGUGUAAACUAUGUUGCCUGGCAAAUGUACUCACUUUGACUUGUGCAUCAAAGUGAUAAUGCAGCUAACGGUAUAGAAGACUAUAAUCUAUAAAAUAUGAGAUAUUCUUGAGAGGAUAAAUGCCGUUGCUUUUAAACAUGAAGUGCUCAUAGACCUCUGAAGUGACAUUAUUUUUAUUUGAUUUUUUUCUUUCUUCAAUUUAAAGUUUUAUUUCGUUUUCUUUAGUGUUUCAAUCAACCAACAAAACACAUUCCACAUUCACAGAUGUGACAGACUUUAAAAAAAAAAUAUAUAUAAAAAAAACAACUGACAAUAAUAAUAAAAAAAAAAUGUAAAAAAAAUGUUAAAAAAAUAAAUAAACUUGCAGCAGCACUAUCAAGGUUCUUGUUAGCUAUUUCCAACCUUAGCUGAGACGACGAGCAAAUAAUUUGUUUUAACAGCACCCUACACAACAUGGAUCUGCUCAUUUCCCCUAAUCACCACAUUCACUCUGUCCAAUAUGAAAUAUAGCUGAGUAGUGGGGACCAGAGUCUAUCAAACUUGGUUCUGUCUCUUGCGGAGGUCAUACGUGAGCUUUUCAAGAAGAAGAAAGUCAACAAUCUGGUCAGUCCACAUGUUAAAUGUAGGAGAAGUAUUAGUGUAGUGACGUUCUAAUGGUGUUGGUCGUAUUUUGAAGUAGAGACGAUAGAGAGACGGUAGAGAUAGAUAGAAGAUUCUGAAGCUCUUGUUUCAAAUCACUUGCUUUUUCUUCUUAAAUGAUUUUGCAUUUAUAAAGGGUCAUCUUUUAAUUGGGUGGAUUACUGUUGGAUUGGUGUUGGAUGGGUGGUGGAUUACUGUUGGAUUACUGUUGGAUUGGUGUUGGAUUGGUGUUGGAUUGGUGUUGG